AGUCGGUUCAGUGGCAUCACAACUCUUAACCAAAUCGGACAGGUGUGCUGCUCUAGCUGUUAUCCGGAGAACUCAGUGGCCGGCCGUAUCGCGUGUGUUACCUGUACCUGUAUUUUGGCUUUACAGUUACUAACGAGUUAUGUGCGCUUGAAUGCCAAAUUUAAUUGCAGCUCUUUGCAUGUUUGCCAGACGUAAUUUGAAAACGUUUUCGAAAAACGUGUAAGCUGAAAACAUCAAACGACUUUCGUUUUCCUUCAACUUUCAUUUUGGAUACUCGUCUUUCUUGCUCUCGGAGCUUGCCAUUGGAAAAGUGUCAAAACCAAGGUGCUAACAACAAAGGCAACCAGCACUUUAUUCAAUCAAGUAUAUAUUUUUGAAAUAUAUACUCGCAAUACAUCGAAUUCUGUGAAACGCGUGUGAAUUAAGUCAUUUUGGAAGCAUGGCUCUCAUUGACACCGCUUGGCGAGUCCGCUUCAUGAUUUUUGUGGUCGUCUCCCUGCUGUUGGUGGGCGAUCUUUUUGGCUACGGUGGCAUUAGGCCAUCCCCCGCCGACCACCACUCGGUGGUGCGACGUAGCGCCGGGGCUGCGGGUGCCGGCGUGGGGGCGGGUGGUGCCCCAACGGGUCCAGCGGCUGCUGCGGCCAGCAAGUUUCAGGCGAAGAAUGCAGAAAUCGAUAUAUCCGAAGAGCACGAUUUCAAUGAGUUCUCUGCUGCUGCUCUAAAGCCGGGAAUGGCUGUGGUUACCGGGGCUAGUCUCAAGACCAAGUCCCAGCUCACGGACACCAUCAAGGAGUCGUGCCUGCCAAAGAUGCUCUGCGAAUUGGCCUCCAAGCCGGAAUACCAGCUCAGCGAAAAGGAGCGAGAACUACUGAGACUAAUCAGAUCUCCAACCAUGCCCUGGAUGAUGAAUAUGCCGCCCAGCAAAUGGUACUUUGCUGCUCAUAUGGGCGAACUAAUGCGCCACACUGUCGAUAAUCUCAGCGGACCCAUGGGAUGUGCCAACCUGUGGCCCAAUUGCCCCAUUAGCUCAAAGAAGCUAAUGAAACUCAGCUAUAAAGUUCGCGUCUAAAAACCAUCCAUCACUUGUGUAUAUGUAUUUUAUUUUUCUCAGCCUUUGUACCAUAGUUUGUCUCUUUAUUCUUUACUAUUAAAAUUAGCUUGUAAAUUC